CCCAGGUUGGCGCGUCAACGCGUGGAACGAACGUUCCAUUAAUCCGUUGCGUCGAUCGCCGAGAGAACGUUCGGGCCCCUGCCCUCGACCGCAACGCCGCUGGUCGCCGAAGCCCAAAUUACCCCGCAAGGGCGCGCAAAACGCCCGCGGGCAUCAGCAGCGCUCUCCGAGCGCAGGGCACCGGCAUCGUCUCUCCACCCGCUGCGCCAACGCGGGCGCGAUCGCAAGCCGACGCCCCGCCCGAUACGCGCAGACCAAGACGAGCGCGAGUGCAUCCGCCACCGCGAGCUGUCGCGCCGCUCUUGCAGGUCAGACGAUUCUAAAUUGAAGGGCAGCCGCUGCACGUCAAAAGCCCGCCUCUGCCCGUCGAAGGCCCGCAGCGCCAUCGUCGAGAGGGCGCGCGAAGUCGCGCGAAGUUCGGCGCCUUGGCCCGCUGGCGAGCGAGAUCCCCCCGCGGCCGCGCGGGCGUCUCUCGGCGGAAAGCAGGACUCACAAACCGCAGAACAAGAAAUAAUAACACAGAGAGUGAAACAUGCAUGACGUUCAGAUGCGAUCGCAGUUGCCCUCGCCGUCGCCUUGGCCGAUGCACGAUUGAAAAACCUGCGCGCCUCGAAAAUCACGCGCAGAACGUCAUUUUUCAGCCCUCGGACUUCCAGAAAACGCAUCCAAUUCAUGGUUCGCUUAGUUGCUAAGCCUUGCCACUGAACCCUAGCCCACCGUGGCUCAUCUGCACGAGGCAGAGACCCAACAACCAGUUGAGAGCAACCCUGUCGGAUGCAUCAUGCUGGGAGUACCUGCCUCCGAAACCUCCCGCUGAAACGUUCCAGGACCAGGCGCUAGCGAGACAAACCCACCGCCACUCCCCGCAUUACGCGAGGGCGGGUUGGCAAGACAUGGCCAGGGAGAGGAACAGGUCGGAUAUUGAGGUUAUUUUUCAUUCAGCUACUCACGUAUCACCCGCCAGCAUGAAUCCAAUCGCACUGAUACUAAAAUCAUGAGAACAAUCCGACCUGAGGAGGAAAGAGGAGGAGAAGCAACGAGCAAGAAGAAAGCAGCAAUGGACUCUGCGCGGAUAUCCCAACCGUUCACUCAUAUAACGAAGCAGACGCACAGUAGCAGUCCAGAAGGAGGAGAGAAAACAAUGGGAUUCAGACGCGGACGUCUCAGUGACGUAUCUGCCAAGAUCGUGCAUUGGCAAACGUAUACACUUAACCUCACCACGAUGCGAAGGCCCGACCGGCCACCACUAUACUUAGGCCUCACACUGCGGCAACCAGAGGAACACGCAGUACAGCGCAGACUGAAGAUGGGGCAAAACCGCAGAUGGCAAGAGACGCGUUCAUAUUCUUAGCAUGCAAAAGGGGAAUCAUGACGAGGAGGAAAACGAGAAGACAGAGCGCGGUGACGUGCGCAGAAAGCCUCAAUGCUGGAACGGCCGUAACUACAUAGCACCCCGCAUAUGCGGACAAAGGUGAGGGGGCGGCGGGGACGUCGGCAGUCUGGAUGUAUUGGAUGCGGUGAGGCGGGUCGGGAGCGCGCUCUCCUCCAGAACCGAGGGGGGAAGGGGGGCGCAUUGCUGCCGCCGCCGAUCACGGAGGGGCGCGGGGAGAGAGAGAGAGAGAGAGAGAGAGCGAAGAGAGAGAGAGAGAGAGAGUACAAGAGAGAAAGUGAGAGAGCAAGCGAGAGAGAGAGAGAGAGAGCGAGACAGUCGCCGACGCCGGCCAACAACUGAAAGGUCUUCUCACGCAGGUCUCCCAGGAGGCAUAGCUAUACACGCUGGCGACCUGCAAGGCGAAGCCUCCAUAGACCUUGAGAAAAGUUUGGAUAGCCCGAGCCUUGCUGAUGAUGCGCCCCUCUGGUGGGAUAGACCCCGCGAAAACGACCUGGCCAGGGAAGCCACUCCGCCCGGGGGUCCCUCUUCGAAGUGCUGAUCGCUGGGGCGAACACCCCCCCCACACCAAAGAUCGAAAACCCAUUCUGAAGCCUCGCCCAACAAUACGUUGACACAGUGCUGGCGCUCCUGGAUACAAGCCGCAAGAAACCUGGCAAUCACCAGCGGAAGUCUAAGCCAUAUAGCUUACAGACUCGAUGCUGCGAGAAAGAACUUCGGGCUCUGGUCUGGGUGGGGCAACUACAAACUGAGCAUGCUUACUGCUGCCCUGGCCUGGGCGCAAAAUGCUGGAGCAGCGGGGGCUCAGACAGGCGGCCCAACCCCAGUAGCAAAAGGAAGAUUCCUCGAAUGCUCAACGCUGAAAGCAGCAGCCCGGCGAGCCUGAGAGAUUCAUCUGGCUGGAGCGCCUGGCUCAGAACUCGCGACCCGCAAAUGAGGUGUUGCGCUUUUGUCGUGGGGGCCUGCUUGAACGCGCGGGACCGUGCGCUCAGCGCGGGCACGCGCGUCCUCAGCUUCAGCUGGAGCCGCCGCAGCUCCGCCUCCGCCUUGAGGACUACAUGCUCCACUGGCUCCAGCUGGUGCAAGGCCACCUCCUGGAGUACCUGGCGCGGUUACUGGAAUGCCUGGCGCGACACCUGCACAAACGGUCUGGGCUGGUUCACCUUCGCCUCCUCCCGCCUUGGCCUCUGCAACUCCGGAGGUACCAGUGACUGUGCGUUUCUUGGAAGAGCGGGCAACGUCCUCUAGCUUGGACAAGGCCUCGCCGAACAACGUCUUGGCCAAUAGGUUGAGUCCGUCAUCGAGCGCAGUCUUGCGAGCGACGGAGUUGACGCGGUCCUCAACGGAUACCCAAUGCUCACCGUCGUCGUCGAAGAUGUUCCGGUAGUCGGGGCGCAAGCCCCCUUGCCGUCCGAAAGGGAACGGAUGUUAAGAGGCACGACUUCUACAUUCUUGUACGCGGGCAUGUAGCCGCGUGGAGCUCCGCAACCAGCUUCUUGUGCUGGAGAACGUGCUCCAACAGCUGUGCUUGAAUGGCGGCGACGAUGUGGCUUUUCUUGACACAAUUGUCGUCCGCCCACUUCUGAGGAGUGUCAAGCUCUAUUCUCCCAUGUUCCAAAUGAUUGAACUUCACGGUGUCGAAAACGCGCAGCUCGAGAGAACGGAUAAGCGGAGAAGGUUCCUUGAGGACAGCCACCUUGUCAGCUGCGUCAUCUGCAGGCAUUCCUCCAAAUCCCGAAGCAGGCUCAAGAGCAGCAGGGAUAGCAACGGGUGGUUCCUUGGACGUCCAACGUCAUGCCAAGGAGGGGGUGGUGUAGAUUCGCCACGGGACGUGCCGCAGUGCUUUGCAGAUUUCGUGCCGACCGAGGUCGUUCGAGCACUUGAACAUUUGGGUUCUCACACGUCCACUUAUCAUCAUACGAACUAUUCUUCUCAACAGUGUCGUACCACAUGGUGUUCCACUGCGCACAGGCCGCCGCAACCCUGCGAUGCUGACCCCACGUGGAGGGGCCCAUUGCUUCUGCUGAGCGAGAGUGGCGGAAGACUGGGCCAGAAGGCCCGUUAUUGCCCAGCCAUGCUGAAGAUCUGGCGAAAGCAAGCUCAUGAGAAAGCAAAACUAAAAACUGAGCCAAAGAGGUGUUUUAGCCAAACCGGCU